UUCUUAUGAAGCAGUCACGAUAGCCACACGCUCACACGCGCUUUCAAAUUGGACGGUCUAGCUACGAACCUUACAAUUAAGUCAAUCAGUGCAUCGGCCACUCUCGUAAUUCUAUCGAGAUUCAUGACGAGCGUUACCGGCGUUUCAGUGCCUCGUCUGGUUCUCACCUGCGUGUUGGCUCUUGUAGUAUUGUAUUCUUUCAUUGCGAUAUCAUGCUAUUCCGAAAGAAUCGGGGAAGGAAGCAGUUUGUCAUGUCGGCGAUUAUUCCCAAACCAGCGCUAUCCAGUAUUCUCUGUUUCGAUAGGAACUUUUGUCGUUGGUUUCUUAUCGUACAUAUAUCUGACCUUCGCAGGACGGAUUCUGCGUGACUUCAACGCCUCGGUAGGGCUUUGGCGAGGGGACUUCGGAGUUCAAGACAAAAAUCUGCCACUAUCAACGCCUCAUUGCGACGCGCGCAAAACCGGGUGGAACGCGCCGUUUUUUAUGCUCUGGGGUUCGCUUCCAUUUUCGUUGUCCCAGUGCUCCCACUGAUUAUAGAUGCCUUCAAAGAUACUGGAGAUUGGAACAAUUUCAGCAGACGAAUACCAAAUAUGACUGGUGUGGCAGCUGCAACCUCGAUGGCUUGGUUCAUGAUCCCUGUAGCGCACCAGAGUCCUAUGCUUUUGGCGUUGCGUUGGAACCCUACGGACGCACUGACGUUGCAUAUUUGGGCAGGCCGUGUUUGUUUCUUUUUCUCGAUGGUCCACAGCGUAACCGAAAUUCUCGUCUUUCGGAGGCUUAUCUACGCGGACCGAUCAUGGAAAGACAUGCUUCAAUACUAUCUUCAGCUGCCUAAAGCAUGCUGGUCCCUCAAGAGCGAUCGACCGCGACGUGACGUCUUAAAAAGUAUGACAGCUUUUGAUUUGGGCAAUUCAUGUUUGAUUCGUGUCAUCAACUGGACGGGAACAAUGACAGCUUUGGCCUUAGUUUUGAUUGUUGCGCUCAGCGCCAAUUGGAUACGACGACGCUAUUACGCCUUCUUUUUGCAAAGCCAUAUUGUGUUAAGCUGGCUUUUUCUCGUCCUCCUUGUGGUUCAUCUGCAAAAUCUGGUGCUCUAUGUCCUUCCUCCACUCUUAUACUAUUGGGCUUGUACAAGUCUGACGUUGGUAGAGUUGAUAGCUACAUGGUUCAGCGGGGGGCACAAAGCUCAACAUUGCCGAUUUCUUGAGGACGCCAAUGGAUGCUACGAACUGUGUAUGGAAACGGAUAUUUCCCGGAUACAUUGUUCAACUGUAGCCCGACCACGCUUUGUCCGCAUUCUGUGUCCGUCCAUUUCGCUAACAAGUCAUCCGUUCACAGUGAUUGAUGACAAUACUCUUGAAACCCGCACCGUCGAGGACGCACAAGACAACAGAACUUCAUCUUUGCGCAUUCUUAUUAGACCUUUGGGGUCUUUCACGAAAGAGCUUGCACAUCGUUUGAACAAGUCCCAGCCACCAAUUUUGCUCCUAGACGGCUUGUACGGAGGAGAAGAUUGGGUGUCUGAAUGUCUUUUACGCGAAAACGUUCUCUUGGUUGCCGGAGGAGUCGGAAUUUCGCCUUUUCUAUCUGUGUUACCUUGUCUGUAUACAACGGUUGAAACCGGAGGAACUCCUGCUCUACCCGUAACUGUGACAAGACGGGUUGUAUUGCACUGGUCUUGUCGAGAACAUGGCUUGAUUCGUCACGUAAUUAGCAAUUAUUUUGAGCCAUUGACACAAUGCAAAAUGAAGCGCCAAAAUGAUCAAGCUACUUUUUCAGUUACCCUUGAUGGAGGAAAUUUGAGUUUGUUGCCAGAGAUGUCUUUAGAGUCAGCAUCUAGUCCGAGAUGCAUAUUUGAAAUUCACAUUCACAACACCUCUCAAGGCGCUGCAUCUGUAGACGUUAUUGAGGCACAAAGAAUAUUGAAUUGGACUUGCCCAUCGGAAGAUGAUGUGCGGUAUUUUGAAAGCACGAGUUCUACACAUUCCCACCCAAAGCCAUUUUCUCCUCCUAUUUUAGGUGCAGAUCACUGCACACAAGGGAAUUUGAUUCGGGGCUUGGUCCCUACGUUUCUUUUUGUUGUCACCUUUGGAGUCGGGAUACUUGCUGAAGAGUAUCACGCCAAAAACGAUGCAAAGAGCUCUGAAUGGGUCCGCCUCCUGUAUCUUCUUGGCGUGAUUGCCUUUGUUGUUUUUAUCUUUAUAGGAGCUACAUGCUUGAGUAAACUCCAAUUGCACUUUGGACUUAUGAAAUGGCGAGCUGUGCCAUCCAAUGAUGUAGUAACCAGCAAUAGAGAAAUCGCCAAAAGAGAAAAAGAUCGCAGUGAAGCGCAAAACAUAAAUCAAUUGCCCUUUGAAUUCGAAGGAGUAUCUACUUUAAUGAGCAUUCGACAAUCGAGAGGCCGACCACGUGCAAGUGAGAUGUGCUCUUUUUUGGAGAGUGAUUCAAAUGAGGCAGUGGCCAUUUUCAUGUGCGGACCAGUCGAGAUGAUGGCAAGUAUAAAGCGAGAGCUUAAGUACAAGGCAAAUUGCAGCAUAUUUGAAGAGAAGUAUGAGCUGUGA